CACGUGUGCAGCCACCGCAUGAGCGUUCUGUCUGUUCCGCAGGCGCUAACGCCCGCGCUGCCCCCCUUGGCGCAGGUGCUGGCCGCGCUGGCCGUGUCGCUGGGGCCGUUCGCAGCGGGGCUGGGCAAGGGCUACAGCUCGCCGGCCAUCGCGUCGCUGCAGGAGCAGCAGGCGGCGGCCGAGGAGAUCGUGGCGCGCUUCCCGGGCGGGCGGCUGCCCGCGGGGCUCAACGGGUCGGCG